GUCCAAAGUGUACGGCUCACGUGUCAACUAAGUAGUAAGUCUUACGCGACAACUAAGUUUUCACUGUAAGUAUUUUUCCGCGAUAACGACCGUCAUAGCGGAAGCUUGCCGCGCGAUCACUACAUACUAUGGCGAGACGGAGCACCAGCAUAGUCGACAUUGUUGAAGGUGGUCUGCCAGAUGAUUUGCAAACCGAGAAGGCGGACGUGGUUACUCGUCUUAACAGGGACGAAGACUAUAUGUAAUCGCCGGUUGCUGUUUUGUAUUGGAUUCUGCCUCACAGAAUGCGCGAAACCGAACUGUACCAUCGCCGAGGUCCUCGAGCGGCUCGCGGCCGUCACAUCGCGCGCCAAGGCCAAAGGACUACGUGCCAGCCUCUACGUGAGCGUCGUUGCCAUCUGCGCAUACAGGUCAACUAGAUUGCAAGAAAGUGAAACAUCACAUGGGCUGCCACGAGGCGCCCUGCCCGCUACACAGCUAGCGGCCAUUUCCACGACACUUACGGUACCGGCGUCCCCAGCAUCCUCACAGCGCUCGAACUGGGGCUGCGUGCUGACCUUCGACGCGUCCGUCGCCGGUCUAGGCGAGUGCUCCUGCUCUCCGGGCGCUACAGGUAACGUCGCAACCGAGGACGUCCUGGAAGUACGCUCUGUGGGGCAGCGGCAACAGGACGCUCGGUGACCUCGACGCGCUCGCAGAGGUGGGCGGGUGGAUCUCGGCAUGCUCGGCGGGCGACAAGAAAGGGCGGCGAAGGCGAUCCUGGCCGGGAUGGCAAGGGAGAAGGAGGUGGCCCUGGGUGACGGAGUGGGAGAGGGAUGACGGCGCGGCGGAGGCGAUCGUCGGUUCCGGAGCGAUCGACGCGGCAAUGCGACGGAAGGAGGAGGGCAUUGUGAAGGAGAGGGAGACGGGCGGUGGGGCGGUGGAGAGGGGCACAGACGCAGACGUCGAUG